GCAGCUUUACUCUUUGGCUUGGUGGUGCUGCCAUGUCAAAGUUCCUCGGCCAUAAAUGCCAAUGGAAAAGACCCCGUUGUAGUCUUCCUCCCAAUAGCUGAAAUGGACAAAAAAAGGGGGAGAAAAGCAAAGUCGUCUGUAAAUUCUCUCUUCCAUCUUCUCAUCUCUUUUUCUUGCCUCGUUCAUGGGAAAGUAGAAGAAGUAGUGGGGUAUGGAUAUGCAAUUCAAUCAGUUGGAGUUGAUCAGUCUGGCAAGCUCUUGAAAGCUGAUCUCCGUCUAAUCAAGAACUCCACCAUUUUUGGACCUGACAUUCAAAAUCUCAACCUUAUUGCGAGCUUUGACGCAGGGGAGCGUUUGAGAAUUCGAAUAACAGACUCAGACGAUGAAAGAUGGGAAGUUCCUCAAGAAAUCAUCCCUCGUCGUCAUGGCUCUUUUCCACAAAACCAUUCCAGUUCCUUGGAAAGACGAGUUCUCACUCACCCUUCCUCCAACCUCAUUUUUACCCUCUACAACACCACCCCAUUUGGCUUCGCUGUCUCUCGCCGUUUCUCCGGCGACAUCCUCUUUGACACGUCCCCGGAUGCAUCAGAUUCAGGCACAUUUCUUGUCUUCAAGGACCAAUAUAUUCAACUAUCCUCUUCACUCCCUAAAAACAGGUCUUCUUUGUAUGGCCUUGGUGAGCAUACGAAAAGCUCAUUUAAGUUGAGAACCAAUGAUACGUUGACAUUGUGGAAUGCUGACAUUGGUAGUGCAAAUCCCGAUGUGAAUCUCUACGGUUCUCAUCCAUUUUAUCUGGAUGUGAGAUUGGGGUCGGAGGAUGGCAGAGUUAGAACAGGGUCAAGUCAUGGAGUUUUGUUGCUUAACAGUAAUGGUAUGGAUAUAAUAUACGGUGGUGAUAGGAUAACUUACAAGAUCAUUGGUGGAAUCAUAGAUUUGUUUAUUUUCGAGGGGCCUUCACCAGAGAUGGUGGUACAGCAGUACACCGGCCUCAUUGGCCGACCUGCACCUAUGCCAUAUUGGUCAUUUGGCUUUCACCAAUGCCGGUGGGGUUACAAGAAUGUUUCUGAUAUUGAAGGGGUAGUCGCUGGCUAUGCAAAAGCUGGUAUCCCUCUAGAGGUUAUGUGGACCGAUAUAGACUACAUGGAUGGAUUUAAGGAUUUUACUCUUGAUCCUAUCAACUUUCCUCAGGAACAUAUGAAGAACUUUGUUGACACACUUCACCAAAAUGGUCAGAAAUAUGUACUCAUCUUGGAUCCAGGUAUUAGUGUGAAUAAGUCAUAUGCAACUUAUAUAAGAGGGAUGCAGGCUGAUAUAUUUAUAAAACGUGACGGUAUCCCUUACCUUGGUCAGGUUUGGCCUGGAUCAGUAUACUUUCCUGAUUUUGUAAAUCCUGAAGGCAGAGCAUUUUGGGGUAAUGAGAUCAAAUUAUUUCAAGAUCUUCUCCCAUUUGAUGGUCUCUGGCUUGACAUGAAUGAGAUAUCAAAUUUUAUAACUUCCCCUCCUACUCCAUCUUCAACCUUUGAUAGCCCUCCUUACCUGAUAAAUAAUGCUGGAAUCAGGCGACCAAUCAAUAACUUAACUGUGCCAGCAACUUCUCUACAUUUUGGUAACAUUACGGUGUACAAUGCCCAUAACCUUUAUGGCCUAUUAGAAGCCAAAGCGACAAAUGCUGCUUUAAUCAAUAUGACUGGAAAAAGGCCAUUUAUACUCUCCAGAUCAACCUUUGUGGGCUCUGGAAAGUACACAGCUCAUUGGACUGGUGAUAAUGCUGCUACCUGGGAUGAUUUGGCAUACUCUAUUCCAUCAAUUCUCAGUUUCGGAAUAUUCGGAAUCCCAAUGGUUGGAGCCGAUAUAUGUGGUUUUUCUGGAAACACAACUGAAGAGCUUUGUAGACGUUGGAUUCAGCUAGGUGCCUUUUACCCCUUUGCGCGAGACCACUCAGCAUUAAACACAAGACGUCAGGAGCUUUAUCUCUGGGAAUCAGUUGCUGCAACAGCCAAGAAGGUGCUAGGCCUCCGCUACCAGCUACUUCCCCACAUGUACACAUUAAUGUAUGAGGCACACACAAAAGGAAUCCCCAUUGCACGACCCCUUUUUUUCUCUUUUCCUCAAGACAUAAAUACGUAUGAAAUCAGCUCACAGUUUUUGAUUGGAAACGGUAUAUUGGUGUCACCUGUUUUGAAGCCCGGAGCAGUUUCUGUUGAUGCAUACUUCCCAGCAGGAAAUUGGUUUGACCUCUUUAACCACAAUAUCUCUAUCAUUGUAGAAAACGGAGAGUACAUUAUGCUUGAUGCACCGCCUGAUCAUAUAAAUGUACAUGUUCGAGAAGGGAGUAUCUUGGUGCUGCAAGGAGAAGCCCUGACGACAAAAGAAGCUCGAAGCAUGCCAUUUCACCUCCUAGUUGUGGCUAGUAGCAAGGAAAACAGCAGUGGACAAGUAUUUUUAGAUGACGGAGAAGAAGUGGAGAUGGGUGGAGAAAGCAGAAAUUGGAGUUUGGUGAAAUUUCAUGCUGUAGUUGUUGGAGACAAACUAACGAUCAGAUCAAGCGUUGUGAAUGGUGAAUUUGCAGUCAGUCGGAACUGGACUAUAGACAAGUUGACAUUUAUAGGUCUAGAAAAGGUUAAUGGAAUUAAAGGGUAUGAGUUGCCCACUAACAAGAAUGGAAAUAUAUAUGUAACAACAAGCUUUCAUAGCAAUGGAGACCAGUUUGGCAUUGCAGAGAUGUCAGACUUGUCUUUGCUUGUUGGAGAAGAGUUUCAGUUAGAGUUGAAGCUUAACAACUAGCAUAAGAAGCUGCAAUUCAUUUGGGAAUGAAUACCCUUGCCUAUUAAAAAUGAAGUGGCAAUGAAAAUGAGGAGUUGAUCCGACAACUCAUUUAUACACCAGUUUAAUGUUUAAUUUUUUGGAUAAAUAACAGAAAACUACUUUGUGAUUUAUCUCUCUCUUAAUCGCUUUCUUCUUCCUUA